CGCCUGGGCCCCCCCCCCGGACGCCUGGGCCCCCCCGGACGCCUGGGCCCCGCGCGCCGGGAGGCGGCGCUCCCCGCCCGCCGCCCUCACACGCCGCAGCCGCCCGCGCCGGCCGGACCCGGCGGCGCCGACCCGGCUGCGGCCGCCGGCGCCGCCAUGGAGCACCGGAGCCGGUAGCACCGCGAGGGACACGCCUGCACACGCCUGCACACGCCUGCACACGCCUGUGGACCCAGGAGCACCGGGAGGAGGAAGACGGCGCGGGGCGGCCGCGCGGCGGCGCCCAUGCGAGCCGGGGGGCGCCCGGGGGGGAGCCCGGGGCACCGCCACCCCCACCGGCAGCGGCAGCGGCAGCAGCGGCAGCGGCAGCACCGGCGGCAGCAGCGGUGCUGGGGGGCGGCGGCGGCGGCGGUGGCGGCGACGCUGGCGGCGGCGGCGGCGGUGGCGGGCGGCUGCCCGGCCGUGUGCCGCUGCGCCGGCGGGCGGGUGUACUGCAACGACCGGGGGCUGACGGCGGUGCCCGAGGGGCUGCCGCCGGGCGCCACCACGCUCUUCCUGCAGAACAACCGCAUCGGCGACGCGGGCAUCCCGCCGCGGCUGGGCCGGCUGCCGGCGCUGCGGGUGCUCUACCUGUACGCCAACGCGCUGGAGCACCUGCCCGCCCACCUGCCGCCGGCGCUGCGCGAGCUGCACCUGCAGGACAACAACGUGCGGGCGCUGGGGCGGCGGGCGCUGGCGCGGGCCCCGCUGCUGGAGCGGCUGCACCUGGACGACAACUCGGUGUCGGCGGCCGGCAUCGAGGAGGACGCCUUCGCCGAGAGCCCCCGCCUGCGGCUGCUCUUCCUCUCGCGCAACCACCUGAGCAGCGUGCCGCCGGGGCUGCCGCCGGGGCUGGAGGAGCUGCGCCUGGACGACAACCGCAUCGCCACCAUCCCGCUGCGCGCCUUCGAGGGGCUGCCGGCCCUGCGGCGCCUGGUGCUCGACGGCAACCUCCUGGCCAACCGCCGCAUGGCCGACGACACCUUCGCCCGGCUGCACAACCUCAGCGAGCUGUCGCUGGGCCGCAACGCGCUGGCCGCGCCGCCGGCCAACCUGCCGCGGGCCCGGCUGCGGCGGCUCUCGCUGGCCGCCAACGCCAUCAGCCACGUGCCGCCGGGCGCCCUGGCCCGCAUGCGGGCGCUGGAGCGGCUCGACCUCUCCGACAACAACCUCACCACGCUGCCGCCCGGCGUCUUCGACGACCUGGGCAGCCUCAGCCAGCUGCUGCUGCGCAACAACCCCUGGUUCUGCGGCUGCGGCCUGGCCUGGCUGCCCGAGUGGCUGCGGCGGCGGGCGCCGCCCCGGCUCCAGGUGCGCGGGCUGCUGUGCCAGGCGCCCGAGCGGCUGCGGGGGCUGCCGGUGGGCGAGCUGCGGGCCGAGCUGCGCGCCUGUAGCACCCCGCCGCCGCCGCCGCCGCCCGUCCCCGCCGCCCCCGCGCUCUGGGUGGAGGCGGCGCCCGGGCCGGCGCUGCGGGUGCGAUGGCCCCCGGCGCCCGCCGGCGCGGCGUUGCGGCUGAGCUGGCUGCGGCCCGGCGCCGGGGCCGUCACCGAGACGCUGGUGCGGGGCGAGCGGGGCGAGUACGUGGUGACGGCGCUGCAGCCCCGCGCCGCUUACCGCGUCUGCCUGGCCGCCCUGGAGCCGCCCGGCGCCCCGCCGCGCUGCGCCCACGGCCGCACCGACGCCACCGACGCCGACACCGACACCGACACCACCGCCGCGCCGUCACCCGCCACCGCCGUCGUCCCACCCGCGGUGGCGGCGGCGGCGGCCGGGCUGGCGCUGGGGGUGGCGGCGGGGUGCUACAGGCGGCGGCGCGGCGGGCGGCGCGGCGGUGACAAAGCCGGUGGCGGUGUUGGCGGUGUUGGCGGCGGUGGCGUCACCCGGCCCGGGCUGCCGCUGCGGCCGCUGCGGGACGGCGGCGUCCGCACGGUGUUCCCCCCGGCGGCGGUGCCGGCGGUGGCGUCAGGCGGUUACGGCGGUGGCGGCGGUGUCGUGGGGGUGACGCGCGGGGACGGGGACGGCGGUGCCGCCCGGGGGUUCCCGGACGGGCGGGUGCCGCACGCUGACUACGGAGGGUCGUGAGGCGGCCGCCUGUGACCCCCCCCCCCCACCAUGGGGACGGGACCCCCAUGGUGACACCCGGACCGGGACGGGGACAGCGCUGGGACCCCCCGGAUGAGGCCGCCGUGGGGACAGGGACGGUGACGGGACCCCCCCCCGCUUGGGGACGGGACCCCCGUGGCGACACCUGGACCAGGACAAGGGACGGUGGUAGGAACCCCCGGACGAGGCCGCCGUGGGGACAGGGACGGUGACGGGACCCCCGUGGUGAGACCCCCCCUGGGGACCCGGAUGGUGAUGGGACCCCCCCGGAUGAGACCCCCCCUCCGUGGGGACACGGACGGCACCGGGACGCCCUCGAGGAGACCCCGACCCCCCGGACGAGACCCCGACCGUGGGGACACGGACGGUGAUGGGACCCCAGCGGUGACACCCCCCCGGGGACACGGACGGCGCCGGGACCCCCCGGACGAGACCCCUCGGGGACGGGGACGCUGCCAGGACACCCCGAUGGCACCUGGACACCCCCGCGACGACCCCCCCCCUCCCGGGGCAGAGGGGGCCCAGGCGUCCGGGUCCCCAGUGCCUGGAGGGGGCCCAGGCGUCCGGGUCCCCCCCCCCAGCCCCGGAGAGGGCCCAGGCGUCCGGGUCCCCAUCCCCAGAGGGGGGCCCAGGCGUCCGGGCGCUCUGCGGGGGGGGGGUCGCGGGGAGGGGCCCAGGCUUCCGGGCCCCCGGCGCGGAUUCGGGGUGGAUCUGCGAGUACCAAAGUGCCCCUCCCCCCCCCGAGGUGCCUUCACACCCCUCCCCCCCCCCGACGGGGCCGGCGGAACCGGGGGAAAAGGACAAAAAGCAGGAAAAAGACCCAAACCGACGCGCCCCCCCCCCCUU